AUGGAACGCUUCCCCCGGUCCGCCGCGGACGCACAACAACUUCUUCAGCUUGCCGAACUGUUUAAGCAAUCCGCCGAGAUAAUCGCAGAGGAAUGGAACAAAGAGGAUUUCUCUCGGAUUAAGGCCGAGACCAACAGCAUCAAGAGCAAUCUAGGCAGUCUGGACACUGCUCGGAUCCUCCCUAGCCCCCGUCUGCACGAGGCAACGCGGACUGUGCUUGCCAUCACAGGCGCAGCAACGGAGCUGGUAGCAGAGCCGUACAGUCGAAUCCAGGAAGUUGCCUGCCAGUAUUUUGAAUCGCGGGCCCUUUUCGUUGCUGCUGAGCGCCGUAUUCCAGAUCUUCUUGCUGGAGCCGGUGAGUAUGGGCUGAGCGUCGGUGAGAUUGCUGAAGCUACUGGAAUAGAAGAGCGGAAACUAUCUCGUAUCCUGCGUUGUCUCUGCUCAAUCCAUAUCUUCCGACAGAUAGGAACUGAUCGGUUCGCCAACAACCGGAUCUCUGCUGCCCUGAAGAAUAACGAGCCACUGCGCGCAUAUGUUCAGCUCUUCAAUCUCGACAUCUACACCGCAUCUGACCAGCUCCCCAAGUAUCUGCUUAGCUCGCAGGGUGCUUCUUACAAAGUGCACGAGACAGCAUGGCAAAAGGCCGUGGGCACUACAAAGGCACGGUGGGACUGGUUGGCUGAACGGGUUUCACUCGACGAGGUGCGACCAAAGGAGGCUCCAUACCCCGGACUGCCGGAUGUCAGGCACUUGCAACCCGGUCCAGACGGCAAGUACGCGCGUCCUGAGCUGGAUAAUUUUGGACUGGCGAUGGUUGGCGGAGGGAAAGUUUCGGGGGCGGCGCAUGCAUACGACUUCCCCUGGGCAUCCCUCGGCGAUGCCCUAGUUGUGGACGUUGGCGGGGGUGUCGGUGGAUUCGUCCUGCAACUGCUACCAGCAUAUCCCCAGCUCCGAUAUAUUGUGCAAGACCGCGCCGAGGUUCUGCAGCAGGCACAGGAGGAGAUCUGGCCUGUUGAAGCCCCUGAGGCUGUAGCCGACGGCCGGGUACAGUUCAUGGAGCACAAUUUCUUCCAGCCGAACCCCGUUAAGGGGGCAGAUGUUUACUGGUUACGUGGAAUCUUUUACUGCGUGCAGAUUCUCUCAGCUCUGCGCACCUCGAUGGCUCCCACAUCGCGCAUUCUGGUAUGCGAUCAGGUCAUGAACACGACGGCCGGCUGCGAUGAGAUCCCCCCUGCCCCGUCGCCACUGCCGGCUAAUUAUGGCUAUUACAUGCGGUACCCGCACCACCGGGAUCUGGCGAUGAUGUCGAUUAUCAAUGGAAUUGAGAGGACUCCGGCGCAAUUCACGGAACUGGUGAAGCAAGCUGGUCUCAAGGUUAACAAGAUCUGGAAUUGUCGGAGUAUGGUUGGGAUUGUGGAGAUUGGCUUAAAGAACGAGAAAGAUCGCCAUCACCGCCGUCUCAGCUACAUGGGGUUCGGCAAUUACACCCAAUUAGGGAUUGGCUUCUUUUCUUCCGCAAAAGGCCCCGUGCGUGACGAACUGCAGGCUGACGAACAGGCGUAG